GUUCACGAAUGUUGUGUACGACACGAGGAACAUCGUGUGUGUGGGCGUGUCCGUGAUGGUCGAGGACCGCCAGGACCAGCCACCCAUCUUUCUUUUUGCUCCGCCUGUCACCCGCAUCACCAGUAAAACGCGGAAGGAUGAUGAGCUGGUGAAGAUCAAUGCUGAGGAUGGAGAUCGUGGCAUCCCUCGUGAGUUACGGUACUCCAUGCAGGCAGCCUCCACACAGUAUGCUCCGUUUUUUGCUAUCGAUCCCAAGAGUGGUUCCAUCACCCUGCAGAACACAGUGACGCGGCUGAUGGAAACAAUGACAACUUUGGAGCCCAUCCUGGUGACAGUGACGGCAGUGGAGAUGGAGGACGAGAAGACCCGAGCUCCUCUCGAGACUUACAGCUCCUCUGUCGAGGUCGCCUUUGUCGUCAUGGAUAACGAAAUGAUGAUCCCACAGUUUGUUUAUGAGCAGUAUGUUGGCGAGGUACGAGAAAACAGCCCACCUGAUACCAUCGUUUCCUUCCCCAAUCCCUUCUUAAAGAGGGGAUUGAAGGGCAUGUUUGCCAUGACCAUAGAGGGGGAUGAUGGUAUCUUCACUGUGGAGCCCAACAUCGUUCGAGACUCUUCAGACUUCAUCAUCAAGGUCAAGCUCACAAACCUUUUGGAUUUCGAAACCCGACCCAGGAUUGAGUUUAAGGUAUAUGCUCGGCAAGUGUCUGGAUCAGGGCAGGCAUCGAGCAGCACGCAGGUGAGGAUCAAUGUGCUGGACCUGAAUGACAACGUGCCUGUGUUCAACAAGCAAGUGUACCAGGCACAGAUCUAUGAGAACAUUACUGCUGGCACUUCCAUUGUCAGGGUCAGAGCAACGGAUGCAGACAACGGAGAUUUUGGUGCCAUCAGGUACACACAGCUGAGUGGUAAGCUGGCGGAUAAGCUCCAGUUGGACGAAUUGACCGGCCUAAUCUCGUGUGCCACUAACACCCAAGAUUUUGAUCGAGAGCUGAAUCCAGAGAUCCAUCUAACAGUGGAAGCCGCAGACAAUAAUGGCUUGGGCAAUAAAGCCAUAGCAAGGGUGAUUCUUCAAUUGAUAGAUGUCAAUGACAAGACUCCCAGAUUUCUCAAGCCCAUUUACAAAGGAGUCAUGAAGCCAGAUCAGACUGGCCUCAAGGCACCAUUGCAGGUUGAGGCUGUCGAUGACGAUGCGGACGAGCCCAACAACAAGGUUCGCUACAUUAUGGACUCCAGCAUUUUCAAUCGUAACUUCAGAGUUGAUGGUCAGACAGGAGAAAUAACUGUGACCCAACAGCUGGCAUAUCCUCAGAUAGCUAAACUUGGAAAAAGGAAAAAGCGAGCAUAUGAUGAUGAGGAGGGAAUUAUCAAGUUCAGUGUCACAGCAUAUGACCUUGGAGUUCCCCAGCUGACUAAUAGUGUGCCAGUUCAUAUCUUCCGUGAGGAGCACGUGGAGCGCUUCAUCUCCUUCAUAUAUCCCAAGCCUCCAAUUGAAGUUCGCUUUAAUAAAAUUGAUAUAGAAAGCAUGCUGACCACAAUCACCGGAGGGGAGACGGAGAUCAUGAAGAUUGAGGACUACAGCACCAAUGACAACAGCAGGUUCCCUGACCCUAAUAAGAGUGUGGUAACAGCACUAGUGAGAAAUGAUGUCAACACAGUUGUGGACAUUGAGAAGAUUUUUAACCAGCUCAACAGCACCAGAGCUGUACCCCAAACCGAGGAUAAGAAAGAGACUGUGGACUUGGCUGUGCUGGAGGGUCAGCGUCAGGCAUAUCUGGCAUGGGUGGUGGUGCUGUGCGUCUUGCUAGCCAUCAUCAUCAUCAUCAUCGUCUGCUGCUUCUGGCCCAUCUGUCCUUUCUACAGGCAGAGAAAAAAGAUGAAGUCAGUUGGAGAUGAGAAUGCAGAUUCCGAGCACGUAUCUUACAUCAGAGUUGACGAGCGAGGAAAUUAUCGUGGUUACGAAGAAGAAAGAACUUGGUGGGAUUACUUACCCACUUGCUGCACUGAUGGGCUCACCUAUUUUGGAGUUAGUCGCCCCAAACGAGCUGGUGGACGUCUUGCCUGGAGUGGCGAUGAACGUCAGAGGUACUGGCAAUUCGGUGGUGGUGGUGAAGGAGCUGCCUUGGAUGACCGGAUUGUGAUGGGCCGCCGUGGUCCUAGGGAUAUGAUUCUUCUGGAGGAUUUGGAUGAAUCUCGUUUGCAGCAGCAGGGUCGAGCUAUGAGAGUUGAUUCCAGAAACUCUUAUAACUCGCAAGAUCCCAGACGAACAUUUAUUAUACGGGACCAGCGAGGCAAUCCUCGAAUUGCAGAAUCACUAAGAGAAGGUGAUCACUAUAUCAUGGAAGAUAUUGAUAAUACGCCACGUAAUAUGCGUAUGGAUGAUCCAAGGGCCAUGCGUAUGGAUGACCCAAGAAUCAUGCGUAUGGAUGACCCUAGAGCUAUGCGUAUGGACGACCCUAGAACUAUGCGCAUGGAUGACCCAAGAGUCAUGCGCAUGGAUGACCCAAGAGCCAUGCGCAUGGAUGACCCAAGAGCCAUGCAUAUGGAUGAUCCAAGAGCUAUGCACAUGGAUGACCCAAGAGCCAUGCGCAUGGAUGACCAAAGAAAUACUCGCAUGGAGGAGCCGCGUGGCCCUCCUGCACAGAAUGUCAAUGUUGAAAGUGAUCCACCUCCACCUGCCCGCCAGGGAAACGUGGAGUACCUCCGACUAAACGCCAGCCCGCACGGCGUCGUGCUCCGCGAUGACGGGAGCACGGGCCGUCAAGGUCGCCCAAUAAGGCGGUCUGGCGUAGAGCCGGGGGGGAUAAUGUUAACUCAGGAGGAGAUGCAGAGACGGGCACUCAUGCACGAGGACGCAGGGGGCGGGGAUAUCAGCGGUCGCCACGUGGAGGGGCAGUCGGUCGGCGUGACACCACGCUCGGACAGAGAGGUAAUAUACGAGGAUGGGAGAGGAUUCGCCCACGGGUCAGUGAGAUAUCUGCACAGCAGAAGUCCUCCCCAAGCAGAUGUCCAAAUACAAACAGAGGACAUGAGCGGGGGGCGAGGCGAUCACACGGUGCCUCGACUGAGAAUAAGAACGCCAAUAGAAGAAGAAACAAACAGCUUGCUAGAGGCAGAAGAAACACGAUCAUCACGGAGAGAGCAACAGAGGGCCAGACACAGUUCUCAAGUGGAAGUGGAACCUACAGUACACGAAGACAGCAUCAGUCGACGCUCAAUGAGGUCUCCUCCCAACUCGCUGUACCAGCAUACAAAAUCUUCAAUUCUUCGUUUCGAGACCACCAAAGCCAAAAUGGACGAGGAUCCUCAGAGGAAAGAAUCUACUCUUUCCCGCCACAACAGUAUGAGUGCAACAGAUGGUCGCCGGAGUUCCAGUGUAGAGAGCAGGAGUAUCGAUGGAAGGCGGUCCAUCAGCCAAGUCAAUCUCGAGGGCAGACGAUCCAACAGCCAAGCAGCUUUAGAUGGGAGACGUUCCCACAGUCAAGCAACCUUGGAUACGAGUCGAGGCGCCCAAGCAGACAGCCGAGCCAGCCUCGAGAGGCAUGGCUCACUCCCCAGCUUGGAGACAGGGUUAGAACGCGAAGCAGCCAGGCGAUCAGUCAGCCGACGUGGGUCUCUAGGCCAUCAAGAUCUACUGGACGAUCCCUUACCAGCCGCAGAUGGUAAGAGCAGUUAUAAUAGUGAGUAUGAAGAUGAUAAUGAAGAUGAUAGAAAUGGGAGCAGAAGACAUAGAAGCACUUCACAGGCACGCUACAUGGAAUGGUAUGACAAAAAGGGUGACAGAGGAAAGGACUCAAAAGAUGGAGGAAGGAGAUCAGGAGAUGCUGAAGAGUCAGAAUACACUCUGGACUCUACAGAAGGGGCCAGCAGAACGAUAGAGGGCAGGGACAGAAGAGUCCAUCGUUCACAAGCAAGAGAAAACAUGCUAGAUGAUGGAACUUUGAAGGUCAUAGAACCACGGGAGGCUGGGGAAGGUUCAGAGACCCAGAGCCACAUCAUAUCAGAGAUUCCUAUCGAUUCAACAGGACCAUCAAGAAGUCCUGCAAUACCAGUCUCAUUAAAGACUCAUGAAGGUGAAGAUGAACUACGCACCAUCAUGGACAGUGAAAUCAACCUAGGGGUAAGUCAAAGUUCACAGUUGUUUGAUAGUGACGUUGAUCUCGAGGCAGUUGCAGCAGCAAGGGGAAGGCGCAAGAGGAACCACUUACUUGAAAAGAAAAGUAUAUUUACUAUCGCUUAUGAUGAUAUGCAGACGGAACAGCUGCGACCAGAGUCAGCUGCGGCUGAACCUUAAACAUGGGCAGUUUUGCUUUGGUGUUAGUGCAAAUAAAAGGAUAUUAAUUACUUUGGCUAAUUAAGAUCCUUGAUAAAGUGUCUUUGUAACUUUGUGAUAUGAUACUGUACUCUCGUCAUUCAUGCUUAUUUUCUAAAUAUUUGGAACAUUUUUUUACGUGACAACUUCCAUGAGUGGUUUUGGAAACUGGACUUUUACCCAGAGAGAGACUUGUUUGAAAUCCAAAAUAGAUAUCUGCAUGUCAUGGAAUUGUGAUUUGUGUUUCUCUGUUGACAAAUUUGAGCAAUGUGGUGUAGUGAGGACAAUGAAAAUUUUUACCCUAAAUGUUCACAUUAUAAAUUACUAUAAAAAGUGCACAAGACAUUUGGUAUUACAGGUCUGUACUAACUAGAUAUUUUUAGGGUCAUUUACCUGAAUUUAUCAGAGUGACACCAUCUAUACUGGCCUCAAUGAGGACAGAAAUUUGUGUUUCUCUGUUUCUUCACCAUAAUUUGGGUCACCGUUUAUCAUUGGUUUUCAACUGCUGGUCCACAAGCCACUGAUCUGCUUUCCAGUGUGUAAUGAUCCAAGGUUGCUCUAGUGGUUAGAGAAACCUCAGAAUGUACAAGCAAUGAUAUUGCUUUCACCAAUGUCUCGCUCGUUUACCCCUUGUAUUUGGGCUAUAGUUUGCCAAGUUGUUUAUAACAAAUAUGCCCCCUUGGUUGGUUACCCAGUCUUUGGCUGAUGGGCGGAUGCUGUAGGCCAGUUAUUACUGGGUUAGCUGCCUAGAGGCAUGCAUGAGGUGGUAUUGUUUACAAUGGCUCUGAUGAGACUAAUACAGUAUUCUCCAGUUUAUUCCAAUGUCAGUAAUGUUUUAGUCAUUAAUCAGGAGGGAAACUGGGUGGGUGGAAUAAACUGGCAGGCAGGAGGGGUAGAGCAAGCUAGAUGGCCAGCCCAUCCUCUUGAGCAUUCACAACACUAAACUGAUGUACUAAAUUGCCUGAACCUAACCAAGGUCCCACUAAUAGAAAAUGGGGCAUCAUUUAAAUUUUGUGAGCCAUUCUAAUUUUAAGUAUAUCAGUUUUUGGCUUUAGGGAACUUGUCAAAAUGUGAUGUACUAUUCAAGAGGAUGGGUUGAGAUGGCUGGCUGGUGGGGGAGAAGGGUGGACCAGGCAGAAGGGGGUAGGCAAAAGAACUGACGACAUUGGUAGCUGACAGGAAGGGGAGCUGGCUGGCUGGCUGGUAAGCAGGCACAGUGGGGCUGGCUGGUGUGGAGGCAGGAGGAUUGGGUGGGAAGCCGGCAAGUAGGCUAAAUGGAUUGCUGGCUGGCAGGUGGACUAUAGCGCUGGCGAGCGGGAUGAAUGGGUUGCUGGUGGGAGAAAAAAAGAUUUAAAUAGGUGGAUGGGCAGCCACUAGACAAUGAAAUGGCUUACAUGAAAAUCAUAAAAACUAUAACGAGAUCUACUCUCUCAGAAAACUUAUAAAUAUCCUCCCCAUCCCUCUGUACACUUCCUCAUGGGGUACACGAGGGAGUGUACCCCACAAGGUACACUCCCUCGCUCUCUCUCCACUCUUGAUUAACCCACCUAUCAUUAAUGCCCCUUCCAUCCCCCACCCCAAAUGUUGGGAAGGGUAAUCCCUUGCCAAUAUUUUGCUGCUUGCAACUUUAUGGGUAGCCCACCCUCUUAAAAUAGGCUGGGCUACUUUGAGAAGCAUGGCUGACACUGAUAAUGAUGCUGAUAAUUUUGAAGAGUUUGUAACAGAUGCAAGUGAAAGAGUAGAAUUAAGAAAAGAACAGUGUGAACAUGUGAACAGAAUAACUAAGAAAAAGAGGCAGGAAGUGAUAGACAUGUAUAAACUUUUUUGAUGAAGUUGUAGUACUGUACUGUACUGGUAUUAGCACCCAUAUAUGUACAGUACUGUAAUGUAUUUUCCCUUUCGUUAAUACAGUAUCGUAUAGUAUAUAUUUGUACACUAACCUAACCAUGUUAUUAAAAAUAAUACAAGAUGGAAAUGAUCAAGAUAAAAUGGAAAGUAUCUUAUAACACAGAGUACUAUAAGACGGGACACCACAUGUGAGCUACGCUUGUAGCUCACACACACAGGUUAUUUAACACAAGGGGCACACGCACUAGGGGACACAGGUGGAAACCGAGUGCCCAAAUGAGCCACAGAUAUAUUAGAAAGAACAUUUUAGUGUCAGAGUGGUUGACAAAUGGAAUGC